AUGUUACCUGUCCAUCACCAACUCCUGGAGCUUGCUGAAGCACAUAUCCAUCCAGUCGAGUAUGAAGCUGAGCUUCCUCCCUUUCCUGAAGGAUAUAAAGUCAAACAAGACGCUGUGGUUACUGUGUCGCCGUUGGAGGAAACGGUUUUCCACGGCUUCAACGCAGAACACCUUUAUCCAGAUCCUCGUUUAACCAUGGUCUCACAAGCAUCCUGUUCUCAAGUGAAACGGGAAACAGUUGACCCAAAAACAUGUUCCCCCAAAGAGUUUUUGGAAAUGUUCAUCUUUCCAGUGCUGCUGCCCGGAAUGGCUAGCCUGCUUCACCAAGCAAAGAAAGAAAAAUGUUUUGAGAGGAAAAGAACCAAAUUCAUUGCCUGUGAUUUUCUGACUGAAUGGUUAUACAAUCAAAAUCCAAAGAGGACAGGGGAGCCGUUCACAGAAUUCUUCUCCAUUCCAUUUGUGGAAGAGUGGCUGAAACUGCACCCACGGCCGGCAAUCCCACUCUCCCUCCUACUGACAGAAUCGGAAGCAGCACUCUGUAUUCAGUCCUUCUGGAGAGCCUAUCUGGUUCGCUGUGAUCCUGAGAUUCAAGAAUUACGUCAGUGGCAGAAGAAGCUGCGUGAGGACAAGCACAUUCGCCAGCGAGUCAAAAUCUUCUGGGCCAAACAAGAACAAAAAGUGAAAUGCAAAAUGGAGGACGAGGAAGAGGCUGCAGCUAAGACUCCACAACCUUAAUAGCUGUCCAGCAUCUCUCCCACUCUAAGCUCCAAUUACCCAACUGGAGGACAGUGUUCUAGCUAUGCUUCCUGUAUUGUGUUUUCUCUUG